AUGACCACCCAGCAAAUAGUCCUGCAGGGCCCGGGACCCUGGGGCUUCCGCCUCGUGGGGGGCAAGGACUUCGAGCAGCCUCUCGCCAUUUCCCGGGUCACUCCUGGAAGCAAGGCUGCUAUAGGUAAUUUAUGUGUUGGAGAUGUAAUCACAGCCAUCGAUGGGGAAAAUACCAGCAAUAUGACGCACUUGGAAGCUCAGAACAAAAUCAAGGGCUGCACAGACAACAUGACUCUCACAGUAGCCAGAUCUGAACAGAAAAUCUGGUCUCCUCUGGUGACAGAGGAAGGGAAACGUCACCCAUACAAGAUGAAUUUAGCCUCUGAACCCCAAGAGGCCCUCCAUAUAGGAAGCGCCCACAACCGGAGUGCCGUGCCUUUUACUGCCUCACCCGCCUCCAGCUCUGCCCCCAGGAUCAUCACAAACCAGUACAACAACCCAGCUGGCCUCUACUCCUCUGAAAACAUCUCCAGCUUCAACAAUGCCUUGGAGUCAAAGACAGCAGCCAGUGGGCAGGAGACGAAUGGCAGAGCCUUAGACCAUUCUCAGUUCCCAAGCGGACUCGUCAUUGACAAAGAAUCUGAAGUUUACAAGAUGCUUCAGGAGAAACAGGAGUUAAAUGAGCCUCCGAAACAGUCCACUUCGUUCCUGGUUUUGCAGGAAAUUCUGGAGUCUGAGGAGAAAGGGGAUCCCAACAAGCCCUCAGGAUUCAGAAGUGUUAAGGCUCCGGUCACCAAAGUGGCUGCAUCAAUUGGAAAUGCCCAGAAGCUGCCCAUGUGUGACAAAUGUGGCACUGGCAUUGUCGGCGUGUUCGUGAAGCUACGGGAACGUCACCGCCACCCUGAGUGUUACGUGUGCACUGACUGUGGCACCAACCUGAAGCAGAAGGGCCAUUUCUUCGUGGAGGAUCAGAUCUACUGUGAAAAGCAUGCCCGGGAGCGGGUCACUCCACCGGAGGGCUAUGAUGUGAUCACAGUGUUCCCCAAGUGA